AUGGCGGAGGAGUCCAUCAUCACGAAUUCCUACUGGGAGGAUAAAAGAGCAAAAAUGGAUCAAAUCGAGGUUCCUGCCUACAUUUUGGCCAGCUAUUCGACUAUGCUUCACACGUUAGGAUCUCUCCGAGGAUAUGAAGAAAUUCCUCACAAAAAGAAAUGGAAUGGUACGACCUGUACUCUCCGGAGAGAAUUCAGGAAUUGGCUCUUUUUUUUUGACUGUUAUACGAAAGCCCCGAAUGGGUGGGAGAGUACCCCGCGUGUGCGCGCUACUAUACUUCCAUUCAACCAACCGGCCUUGAUUGACAUUCCUUUCGAAGAGCCUUUCUGGCCUCAUCGCCAGACUCAGUACAAACGAUUAUUUUUGAACUCCGAAGGUCGUUUGACAGAGAUACAACCUAAAGAGUCAGGUCAAUCAGUGUACCAAGCUGAUUUUGCGCCAAUUUGGCAAAGAGAUAAGGAUUCAGGUGAAAUUCAGUUUUCGUUCACCUUUCCUCGUCGAACAACUAUUCUCGGCUCAUCGCGUGCUACUCUUUUCGUUGCGACAAAGAACGGGCCAGAUAUGGAUGUCUACGUACAUUUAAGAAAGGCAGACCGGACUGGGAAGCUUCUACAGCAUGUCAAUAUACCGCUCAGUGAUUUAGGGGUUGCCUCUGCAGAAGAAGUUCCUUUGACUAAUCCGAUGAAAUAUUUCGGUCCACAUGGCAUCUUGAGAGCAUCUUAUCGAGAUGUAGCAGAAGAAUUAUCGAAACCUCACUGGAAAACGCUCUCGCAUAGAAAGCGUCUGCCGGUAAAGGUGGGAGAGGCAAUGCGAUUAGAGAUUGAGAUUUGGCCAACAGGUAUGCUGUUUGAACCGGGCGAACAACUGGUCAUGAAGAUAUCGGGCCACUUCAUGGGCCCCGCCGAGUUUGAAGCCCUUCAGGGAUCGUUUCCUGUUCGUAACGAAGGGGAGCACUCUGUUUCGUGGGGAGGAGCAUCUGCGAGCUAUCUCGAGAUUCCGACCGUGAAGAUUACGGACGACUUUUGA